GGUAGGCCCGCUGGAGGAACGCGUCAUCCACACCCCCCCUGCGCCGUCUGGGACCCCGCUCUUGCCUCCCCAAACCUGGCGCCUCGUAGGACGGUCCUUUACGCCCCGUAACCGUACCCUGGACGGGGGGCCUCGCUGUGUCCACGCUCCUGUGACAGGCUCCUGGCACCCCUUCUUCCAAAGCCCACCCACCCACCUUCGCGGUGCCAGCUCCCCUACCCCCACAACCCAGUCACCCCUACUUCCACUCCCGAGAUCCCCAGCCCUCUCCCCAGUUCGAACGCCCCGUCCUCGGUGACCCAAGACCCCGUAGGUGACGACCACCCCGUGCCUCCGAGGCCCGCCCUGGAGCCGGAGACCCCGCCCCGGGCUCGCCAUCUGGAGGGCGACGGAGGAAGGAAGGAUACGGACCCAGGCGUUCACCCCACCUCCACCCCCCGCCCCCGACAUCCCGGCCAGAUAAAGGAGCCGAGGCCAAAAGGGGAGCGCGGCCCCACCCCCCGGAGAAGAGGAGCGGCAGCCCCUGCAGGACGGGGGCCUGGCCGCGAUGGGAUCCGCCGCGGCCCCGGAGCGGGCGCUGGGCUACGUCCGCGAGUUCACGCGCCACUCCUCCGACGUGCUCGGCAACCUCAACGAGCUGCGCCUGCGCGGGAUCCUCACCGACGUCACGCUGCUGGUUGGCGGGCAACCCCUUCGAGCACACAAGGCGGUGCUCAUCGCCUGCAGCGGCUUCUUCUACUCCAUCUUCCGAGGCCGUGCAGGAGUCGGGGUGGAUGUGCUCUCCCUGCCCGGGGGCCCCGAAGCCGGAGGCUUCGCUCCUCUUCUGGACUUUAUGUACACGUCGCGCCUGCGCCUCUCUCCGGCCACCGCACCGGCCGUUCUGGCGGCUGCCACCUAUUUGCAGAUGGAUCAUGUGGUCCAGGCGUGCCACCGCUUCAUUCAGGCCAGCUAUGAACCUCUGGGCAUCUCCCUGCGGCCCCUGGAGGCAGAGCCCCCCACGCCCCCAACGGCCCGUCCACCAGGCAGUCCCAGGUGCUCCGAAGGGCACCCAGACCCACCUACUGAGUCUCGCAGCUGCAGUCAAGGCCUCCCCAGUCCAGGCAGCCCCGACCCCAAGGCCUGCAACUGGAAAAAAUACAAGUUCAUCGUGCUAAACUCUCAGGCCUCCCAAGCAGGGAGCCUGGUUGGGGAGAGGAGUUCUGGUCAACUUUGCCCCCAAGCUGGGCUCCCCAGUGGAGAUGAGGCUUCCAGCAGCAGCAGUGGCAGCGAAGAAGGACCCAUUCCUGGGCCCCAGAGCAGGCUCUCUCCAACUGCUGUACAGUUCAAAUGUGGGGCUCCAGUCAAUACCCCCCAUCUCACACCCCGGGCCCAAGAAGCCACUGCAUCAUCUCCCUCUGGGCGGGCUCGUCCACCACCAGGAAGUGAAUUUUUCAGCUGCCAGAACUGUGAAGCUGUGGCUGGGUGCUCAUCGGGGCUGGACCCCUUGGCUCCUGGGGAUGAGGACAAGCCCUACAAGUGUCAGCUCUGCCGGUCUGCCUUCCGCUACAAGGGCAACCUGGCCAGUCACCGCACGGUGCACACAGGGGAAAAGCCCUACCACUGCUCCAUCUGCGGGGCCCGCUUUAACCGGCCGGCUAACCUGAAAACGCACAGCCGCAUCCAUUCGGGAGAGAAGCCCUAUAAGUGUGAGACGUGUGGCUCCCGCUUUGUACAGGUAGCACAUCUGCGCGCGCACGUGCUGAUCCACACCGGGGAAAAGCCCUAUCCUUGCCCCACGUGCGGGACUCGCUUCCGGCACCUACAGACCCUCAAAAGCCAUGUUCGCAUCCACACGGGGGAGAAGCCUUACCACUGCGACCCCUGUGGCCUGCAUUUCCGGCACAAGAGUCAACUGCGGCUGCAUCUGCGCCAGAAACACGGAGCUGCUACCAACACCAAAGUGCACUACCACAUUCUGGGGGGGCCCUAGCUGAGCGACAGGCCGGCCCCAGUCACUUUCUGGAAGCCAGGGAAGCUGCUGGCCCACACCUGGCUUCUCUGUCAGAUUUGGGGAUGGAGGGUGCAAGGCCCCUCCGUUCUCAGAAACUGCCUCCACCUUCAUUUCUCACUGGGGAGAGCAGGGGUGGCAGAUCAGGAUUCGAUCUGCCUCUGUUUUGCUGGUCAAAACCUCUUCCCCACAAUCAAUUGUUUCUGAGGAGAGAGCAAGCUAGGAACUGGGGAGGGAAAAGGCUGGAGGCCUGGUUUUCGUAAGGGAACAUUCCUCCACCUGCAGUCCCCAUCUCAUUCGGUUUAUCUGUAAAUAUAAUUUAUUGAGGCCUUUGGGUGGCACCCGGGCCUUCAUUCUAUUGCAUUUCCUAGCUCCCUCUUCCUAGUGUGAUCGGUGACCUGAGACA